UACAAUCAAUCAAACGGUGCACAAAGGAAUCAAAGCACAAAGGCACGAUAAUGAAAGAUAGGAGUCUGUGACAUAAAGGUGGUGCAACGGGUAUAAAUCACAAAAGAUGAUUUGAGAGAGAGGAAGUCACUUACGGGGUACUACCACAGUGACAGAUUGGGGCCAACUAUUUUGUCUGACAGUGCACAUUGUUUCAAAGGAGGUUUUAUAGACUACAGCUGUGAAGAAUUAAGGUGUUUUGAUGAACAAGUCUCCUCCUCCUACUAUGUGAAAAUAAAGUCUUGCUCGGCCAGUUGCUUCAAAGUCUUCCCUGAAUGACAUCUCAAAUUUGGAAAUGUACUUUCCGUCCAUGUUGCUCCUUUCGAGGACAUUGAUCAGGCAUGCAAAGAAUUACUGAACUCUCUCGCUGCAGUUUCAGAUUGACCCCGACCUGGGAUUUUCCACAAAGCAUGAGCACCUGCGGCUUCCCGGCGUCCAGUGCACACCCCGUGCUUGUGUUUGCUCUUGCGCUGGUGAUCUUCCUCACAGUGAUGGGAAACCUGCUGGUCAUCGUGGCCAUCGCUCGCACACCUCAGCUGCACACCACCACUAACGUCUUCAUCGUUUCUAUGGCCUGUGCAGACCUCAUCAUGGGUUGUGUGGUCCAGCCCUUGGGCGUCAGCAUGGUGGUAACCAAGAAAUGGCUUUUGGGAACAACGGUUUGCGACCUGUGGACAUCUGUGGACGUUUUCUGCGUCACAGCGAGCAUCGAGACGCUUUGCGCCAUCGCCGUGGAGCGUUACGUCGCGGUGACGCAGCCCCUCAAGCAUCAGGUUCUUCUGAACAAACGUAGGGCGGGCUACAUCGUGUGCUUGGUGUGGAUGGUGUCGUCUCUAAUUUCCUUCGUACCAAUCAUGAACCAUAAUUCUCGUGCAUUGAACAAUAACACAAGGAUACGUUAUGAGGACCCAUAUUGCUGUGAUGUCAUUACGGACCCAACCUAUGCCAUCUGCUCCUCGGUAGUGUCGUUUUACGUGCCCCUGGUUAUCAUGGUCUUCGUGUAUGGGAAGGUGUUUGCCAUUGCGACCAGACAGCUGAAGCAAAUCGAUAAGGACAGACAGCGCUUUCUCAGCGAAUGUGUGGACGACUCUGAUAAACAGAAUAAAAGCGAAGAGUCUUCUGAAAGUCCACCUCCUGUGGAAAUAAAAAGUCGGAGAUACAGCCGCAAUCCGAUGAGGCACCUUGUUCUGGAACAUAAGGCGCUCAAGACACUGGGGAUUAUAAUGGGCAUCUUCAUCCUUUGCUGGCUACCCUUCUUCCUCUUCAACAUCAUCAGAGUCUUCGAACCUGAGGUUCCACCAUGGGACGUGUUCAUCUUUUUGAACUGGAUGGGAUACGCAAACUCAGGCCUGAACCCGAUCAUCUACUGCCACAGUCCAGAGUACCGUACAGCCUUUCGAAAUCUUCUGAGAGGCAAAAAAAUCAAACCGUUGAAUCUCAACGGCAUUCAAAAACACCUACAGACGUUGACCACGUACAUCCAGACCAGCAGCUCUGUGAGAAAGGAUUGCUUAGGUCAUGAAAACCCAGCUGUGGAACAGAACGGAAACACGUGUGCCAGUUUAAAAGACAACGUGUUUGAGGCUAUAGAUGCUGAUCAAGAAACAUUUCAAACCUGACAUGGAUCAGUGCGAAGGGUGGCUGAUGAUGGGAAACAGCUCCCAUGUUUAUCAACGGAUCUUAACUGUACCCUAACAUACGAGUGUUUUUCAGGGGACCAAAGUGAAACCAGCAUUCGAUUCGGGCUAUGUGCAGAGUCGAGAAACAAACCAGAUUGUUCAAGAGAACAGAAGUAAAGAAGAACAACAGGAAUUGUGUUCGUUCUUCCCAUCAUAGCACUGCGUUUACCUUCAGUCUUAGAUCAUCGCUGCAACUUUCAUUGUCAUGGAGAAAACCUUUUCCACAGACUGAAAUAAAAAAUAGAGUCAAAGAAGGAAUAAAUGUAUACACUUUAAUAUAUUUAUACAAAAAUGUAUGUUACACAUUUUCAGACCUUUAUUCACUGCGUAGAGUCAUCUUAAUCCAGCACAAUGUUGAAGCUGAUGGGCUAUGAGAAGAAACAGUACAUUAAGUCAAUAAAAACACACAAUCAAACUUAUUUUU